AUGAAUGUUGCGGUCUACGAGAGGAAAAAUGAUGAAAGCGCAGCCGAAAAGGAAUCUGCCAACAAACAAUUAGCUAAUGAAAAGCCGAUGGAAGAGUCGGGGAAAAGCGAACAAAACUCCGAAAGGACGGAUAGCGGUUGUUCUCUGGGAGCCGACAACACUCAAAUUCAGCUGGUCAUUGCAGAAACAGAAAAUAAGGAAUGCUCGGAGGUUUAUAUGUCAAAUUUGGGCAACAUUCUUGAAACGGCAAACAAUUACAUGUGGGCAAUGAAGAAGCAUAUGGCAGCAGAUCAGGCGGCUUGGAAGGAGUUGGCUAAGCGCAUCACGCUCUUGCGUGCUGAGGUGAUGAUCACAUCUACCGUUUUCACAAUAUUCUGUAAUUGGGGAUAA